ACAGUCCUGCCGUUGCUACUGAAGUUACCACUAGCAACUGGGCAGCGCCCGGCGGAGCACCUUCAACCGCUGUUCAUGUUGUCCUGCUUCAUACAGUACAAUCUUAAUUUCCAAAAACAGUCAAGACAUGAGAGGAAAGUGAAUUGUAUGCUCUUGGGAUGUUGUUGAGGCUGGCUAUGGUUCGCACGUAAGGUCGCACUGAGUGGCACUGCCAUGUUGCCAGGAGUCGGUGUAUUUGGCACGGGCAGCACAGCCCGAGUGCUGGUACCGCUGUUGAAAGCUGAAGGCUUUGAGGUCCAUGCAGUUUGGGGGAAAAGCGAAGAGGAGGCAGGCUGCCUGGCAAAGGAGCUCGGUAUCCCGUUCCACACCAGCCGAUCUGAUGACGUCCUGCUGCACCAAGACGUCGACCUUGUUUGCAUCUAUAUUCCACCCUCAAUGACAAGGCAGAUUGCUGUCAAAGCACUGGGUAUAGGUAAGAAUGUUCUGUGUGAGAAAGCUGCAACCGCUGUGGAUUCCUUCAAGAUGGUGACUGCUGCCAGAUACUACCCACAGCUGCUCAGCAUUAUGGGUAAUACCCUGCGCUUCCUGCCAGCUUUCGCAGCAAUGCGCCAGCUGCUGGUGGAGAGAUAUGUUGGCGAGAUGCAGGUGUGUGAUGUGCGUGUGUAUGGCCCCAGCCUCCUGGACCAGGCGUACGGCUGGACGUGUGAGGAGCUGAUGGGCGGAGGCGGACUGCACACCGUCGGCUCCUCCGUCAUUGACCUUUUAAGUUACCUGACGGGUGAACGAGCCCAUCGUGUUCAUGGCUUAUUGCGGACCUUUGUACAACAAAAUGGUUUGAUCCGAGGCAUCCGCCGCGUCACCAGCGAUGAUUUCUGCUUCUUCCAGAUGUUGAUGGGUGGAACCGGGUCUCGCUCGGGCGGCGUUUGUUGCACCGUCACCCUGAACUUCAACAUGCCGGGGUCAUUUGUGCACGAAGUAAUGGUAGUCGGAUCCACUGGGAGACUGGUUGCCAGGGGGACAGAGCUAUAUGGCCAGCGCAAUGGGAGUAAAAGUGAGGAGCUGUUGCUAGGUGACAGUGGGUGGGUGGGGCCAGAGGUGAAAGAGAUGCCCCUGCCUCACCUGCAGGGGCUCAGCUCCAUGGUGAAGGCACUGAGAGAGUCUUUUCAGGCUCAUGAGGAGCGCAGGUCAUGGGCACGAGGACCGGUCGCCAUGGCACCGACAUUUGAAGAUGGUCUGUACGUGCAGACCGUGGUGGAGGCAGUGAAGCGGUCCAGCUGUAGUGGAGAGUGGGAGUGUGUUGAGAUCAUGAGUCAGGAGCCAGAUCCCAAUCACAACCUGUGUGAGGCUCUGCAGAGAAAUAAGAACUGAAUCUAUUUAUAAACCCAGUGCAACUACUACAUGUGUCCGACGGUCGGCCUCUGAAUGUUUCUCCUUUCUGUCAGCUGCUGAGGCAGUUUACAUGUACCAUGACUACUUACAUUUUGCAUUUUCACAUUCUGCCACAUUUUGAGCAGAAUAUUUUUGCUUUAGAAAUCAAAGCUGUGGAUGUUUGUACCCUCACAGUUAUGAUUUGUUUUUACACUAAAUGUGUUGACCUCAGCUCCAUUAUUCUGAUUCUCAACCGAAAAUAUUAUUAUAGCUGUGUCAUAAUCUACCUGUGCUCCGUUUACAUGUUUAUUAUCUGUACCAUGCCAAAAAGUAGACACAGCUUUUAGUAUCACUGGAGCCUAAAGUCAUGGAGCAAUGCCUGAAAAGUUCCCUUUAAAUAAGGUUGAUAUAUGUCUCCUGUCGGCAAGGCACCACACCUAUGUCAAAUAUUGGCCAGGAGAAAAAGUCCUUGAUAGGCAAAAUACAACCUUGCAGUCGACGUCCGACCGUUUGCUUAUCCUCACUUUAAGAAGCUUGUGUGGACAUAUUUCUGUCAUUUAUGGAACCAGCCGCUUAUAUGCAGGUUGUAUUUUGAGACAUCAGACCUUAAGUGGUUUCAGUGUUUCCCAGAGUUAUAUAUUACACUACAAGAUAAUGGUCUAAUGGCUAUGUAUCAGCACUAACAAAGCUGUUAAGUUGCUGCAACCUAACACGUCUCAGGAGGGAUCGCAAUUUCGUAGUUUGGCUCAAAUUGAAACACAACUUUAAGUACAGUCCAACCGAGAAAACAUGUGAAUCUUUAUUGUACGUAUAGAUGUAUGUUGGUGUUAAUUUAUUUUCAGCAUGAAUAGCACAUUAUUCUGAAAGGAAGUGGGCAUGAGGAUGAUUUGACUAACAAAACUCUUUCAGUGCUUGGUUUCAGUGCUUGCAGUGUGGCGACUGGCACAAUUCAAAUUAUGCUCUUUUCGAGCUCGGCCUCUUUAAAAUAUAGAAUAAGAAUAAUGGAGCUGUGCACUGUUUAUUUUUAUUUUUUGGAUUGUGUAACAAUAAGCAUACAUUUAAAGAAUGAAUGAGGGGCUUGUAGGUUUUGAUGUUAAUAUAUGUCAUGGCAUACCUAAAAUACCAGGGAUUGAGCAAAAUAAGCUAUGUUAAACUGAACAUUAAAAAGUCUAAUUUAUAUAAAUCCCCUGCAAAAUGUCCGAUUCCUAAGGGUAGUCUUAAAUCUUUAUAUCAGAUGUCACACAUCCUGUCGGUAGAGCAGUUAUGGUGAGCUGAAAUUAUGAACUGCUACGGUGGAUUUCAGUAGUGGCAUGUUUCAUUGAAAGUAUACCAACUUCAAACCACUCCAUCCAUAUGUUCAGUAUGCUCAGUCAUUUAAAUAUGACUAUUUCCAGAUACACUACUUGUAAUGUUUUAUAUAAACAUCUUCUGGAACAAACGGAACAUAUGGACAGAGUUGAAGUAGUAGCUGUAGCUCACCUGCUAAAACUCACCACCUAUUAAUCCAUUCAAACUUUCAGUAAGGAAGGAAACUACCACCUUUUAGCCUGUCAAGCAUUUAUAGGAUGAGCAUUUGAUGCUCAAAUGAAAGAUUUUAGGUGGAGUAACGCAAUGAAUCUUAGAAUCCUAGAAUAAGUAACCUUUUAUUGUUAUACUGACAAAAGUUUUAGAUAUUCAAAGACCUAGGAUAUUUGACAACUAAAUUUAGUUUAAAAUGUGUGUCAAAAGGUUUGUUUACAUGAGAUAACAAUUGAAGUUAUUUUAAUGCUUUUUGAAAGAUUUUGUUCAUGCAAUCUAUGCAUUUUAAGUUAUUACAGAUGUUUAAAUCAAGAGAGAGGAGUCUGCCCUUCAUCCGAACACCUUACUGAUCUUUUCAUUGAGUAGAACCACUGGAUCUGAUGUGCACAAGAGUGUAAAUGUGUGCCUCUCUAAGUUGCUCAGACCAAGCAAAGUUUUUGGUUGUUAUAGUCGCUCACUGCAUUUCAGUACUGCUGAAUAAUAUUGGGCUCGGCGCUCCUGCUGAGACAGGAGGUGAGGACAGAAACAGGCUGCUGUUUGUUGUAUUGGUCUGUUCCUUUCUUAGACCCACGCAGGAUCUGCAUAUAAGGAAACAUGCACCUAACACGCUUACCUCACGCUAUCCUAACAAUGCUUUGUAAUUAAUCAAGUUUACAUUAAGUGUCUUUAUAAAACACAUCACCUUUUCCCGCAGGAUUUUCGACGACCCACCACUAUUAAAAUACAUUCCAACCAAGUUUUCACCUUCUUCUUUUUCUCUUGUUCUUUGCACUGAUAACGGAUAAAGCUGCCAGAUAUUUAAUAUGCUGUGUGGUGCUAUUACCAGCCGGCUCACUGCGAAAAUGAAUUUAACACGUGUCUGUAUAAGGAAGUGUUUUUGUAUUUAUUUAUGUCUUGGUGUGGAGAAAGUUUCCCAUUGUUUAUUUUGUUCAGUGUUUGUGUCUUAAGUAUGUGAAUUUCUGUUGUAGUAUUUAUCUUGUUUAGUUUUAGUGUUUAAUAUGGCUUUUUGAGCACAAUUGAUGUUGGUAAACUGUACUGUUCAUUUGCCUGACAGAUACUUCCUUAAUAAAUACAGUUGUAUUCAUUUAC